UCGUGUGAUGAGCAUCGGUAUAUUCUGCCUGCGUGUAUAUAAAACACCACCCAAAGACGAAUCAAAAUUCAGUUUGGUUCCGAGUAUCGCACGAAAAUGAAUCGGUUCGUCUUCUUUAAAGCACGGGCAUCCGCUCUGGUUAUUUUCGCCGUUUAAAAAGGACUUUUGCUAGUGAUUGCGAAUGGUACCACCUUGCCUCCGUAUAGCGUUUUGGGACAUAAUCCUAGUCAGACACUCCUUCCUUCUAUGGGCUGUAGUAAGCUCGACCAGUGGCGGUGUGAUACACCACAACGACGAAGCCACUUCAUACCAGCAUUUCGAAAUAGAGCAUUACCACGCGGUACCCACGUACUUGAAGCACGAGGACAAACAUCUGCUCGAGCAUCCCCUUUCAGCAGGAAAGACUACCUCCGAAGUGAAAAUUCACCAUGAGGUCAUCCAGGAACCAUUGCAGUACUCCUACGGUCAUCCCGGCACUCGACUCGAUGAUAGCCACUUACAGCAUGGUGCUUUGGAGAAUGAAAGUGAACCCUAUCAGAUGAUCCAUCAACAUCAACUCGAACAAUCGCCUGGCUUGGAACCCGGUGAAAAUCAGGAAUAUCAGUUACCAGUUAACGGUAACGAGGAUUACGAGCAAUACAAGCAACUGGCGGAAGCCGCAAUGGCGCAGUACCAGCAACAGAUAGGUCCUGGUCAGUACCACGUGACGAACGAACAAGUGUAAACUUUAAGGCGAAAUGUUAUGAUUCAAAUGUA